AUGUUCUCCUCUGCCUUCCGCCGCACAACGUAUGCCGCGGCGUUCCGCUCCUCCCCCGCAUUCUCGACUUCAGCGACUGCUUCCGUCAAACCCUCGCGGUUAGUCAAGUAUGGUCGACGCAUAGCUUACACCGCGGGCUUUGUCGGACUGGGAUAUGUUGUGGACAAUCAAUUCUACGCCAGUACUUUUACCAGGAACUUUAGAACAUUAUAUACCUGCGCUAUAAUCGUUGCGGACUACAAGUUCAACUUUACUCAGGAAAAGAGUGCUCAGAUCGAAGAUCUCCACGGGCGCGUCGCCCAGCGUCUAUUCGACCUGUUCACAGGCAAUGGCGGACUCUACAUCAAAUUCGGACAAGCCAUAGGCGCCAACGCCGCGCUCCUGCCCAAACCCAUGCAGCUGCAGUUCUCUCGCCUGUUCGACGACGCACCAUCCUUGCCCUUCACCACCAUCUCACGUGUACUCUCGGCGGAGUUUGGCGGUCGACCGCUGACAGGUCCGGAUGGUUUAUUCGCGUCUUUCGAAGAGGAUGCCAUCGCGAGCGCGAGUAUCGCGCAGGUGCAUCGUGCCGUGCUUCACGAUGGGACUCGCGUCGCCGUCAAGAUUCAAAAGCCGGCUGUCGCGAAACAGAUGGAACCCGACCUGCUCGCGUUCCGCGGCGUACUCUGGGCAUACGAAUGGUACUUCGAGCUUCCGACCUACUUCGUCGUCGACUUCAUCAGCGACCACCUCCGGCAGGAACUCGACUUCGAGCGAGAAGCGAUAAACGGGAGAAAGACGUCCGAGUUACUUUCGCAGGACAACAAACUGCGCGGCAAGGUGCACGUCCCGCGGAUAUACGGCGAGCAGAGCGGCAAGAGGGUCCUCACAACGGAGUGGAUUGAUGGUGUACGGUUGAGCAAUCGAGAAGCGAUCAUGGCGCUCAUGGGCGAAGGAGACGCGCACCGUCUUCCCACAGCUUCGCAGAGCGGGUACGCCGACGACGCGGCAUCGACCACAUCGACGGCACUGCCACUCGGGGUCAAUGCGCCAUUGAAGGGAGGGGUAAAGUGGGUGAUGCGGACGAUGACCGAGUUCUUUGGUGCCGCGAUCUUCCGCUAUGGCUGGGUGCACGCAGACCCGCACCCCGGCAACUUCCUCCUCCGUCCACACCCGCAUCCAUCGUACAAGGGCGAACCGCAACUCGUUCUCCUCGACCAUGGCCUCUACGUCCGUCUCAACCCGAAGUUCCAACGGCAAUAUGCGGAGCUAUGGAAAGGGCUGCUUGCGGCAGAUAUGAAUACCGUCCGCCGUGUUGCGAUCGAGUGGGGGAUUGGCGCACCGGACGUGUUCGCAAGCGCGACGCUGAUGCGACCGAUGCGCGUGCCCAAGGACGGAAAGAAGAAGAGCGGGGAGACGAAGCAGCUGAGCCAGUAUGAGCUGAGCAUCAAGAUGAAGGAGAGGUUGAAGAGCUUCUUGACGGACACGGACAAGAUGCCCAAAGAGCUUGUCUUCAUCGGGCGUAAUAUGCGAAUGGUACAGGGUAACAACCAGAUGUUCGGCUCACCCGUCAACCGCGUCAAGAUCACCGCAUAUGCCGCUGCUGACUCCCUCCCGCGGGCUCAAGGUCUGACCAUCGCCGCCCGUGCACGCGAGUACCUGCACCAAGCGACCUUCUACAUGAUUAUGUUCGCGAUUGACGCAGCGUUUGUUGCGACUCAAGUUAAGAACUGGGUGUUGCAUAGGCAGAAGAAGCGUGGGUUUGAGGAUGAGUUGGAGGCGCAGAUGGCACAGAUGAUGAAGAGGGAGUACGGGGUUGAGGUCGACCCAGCGAUGUUUGAGGCUUGA